AUGGAGGACCUCAGACAUGUUGGAGACAAAUGGAGUCUUGAAACAGAUGCACAACUCUUGAGCCAUCUGCAAGAUUUUUCUCAGAAAGUAGUACAGCAGACCCUUGAUCUCCAAAAGAAGCUGGAUAAUGUUGUCCAGGAUGCUGAGCUAGCUGCAGUGAAAGUGGACAACAUCAACAAUGCCUUCCUCAUGCUGUCAAAUACACAGUUUGUGGAGAAUCGUGUAUACGAAGAUGAUUUAAGUAUUCCACAAGAAGGGAAAAUACCUGAGGUGAUGAGUCCUGCUGAAAAGGAGGCUGGUGUAAUCAAGAAGGUUACAGCUGCUCUACAGUGUGGGAUGUCUGUCAUGAAAGAAGCCUAUCAACCACUGCCCCUUCAUGAUAGUGACAGUGAUGAUGACAACCCAUCCAGGAUCAGAGUUGCACUGAGGCCAAAGGAUUUGUAUGAAGGAAGACCCCUUCCUUGCAUUAUUGGGUCUUCACAAUUUUUUGAAGAUGAUUAUGUUGGACUACCACAGCCAGAAUCAGAAUCCUCCAGACAGAAUGAUUUAAGUUGCCAUGAGGAGAGUUUUAGUGCAAUAGGAAAUGGAGAGGAACAUUUUAACACCCUUGAUAGCCAUGUGAUUGAUGGUGAAGAAAUUGGAUGGGGAGAUGAUGUGGUAGCAGAUAGCAAGAAAAAUACAAAGCCAAAAGAUGAUGACCUUUUCAGAGAAAGCUCCAGCGAUGAAGAAAGAUUGGACAAUCUCUCCGAGGGUGCAGCUGAUGACAACGACAAUAUCUCAAGUGAUAAGCUGGCAAAGCAAGCAGACUUUGCCUCUGAAUUAGCAGCUCGUCUCAGAGUGGCAGCAAGGAUGACUGACACUGAUGGGGCUGAAGACAAACCAAGAGCACAAGCUCCUUCUCAAGUGAAGAAAGAACACACAGGAGGCCUCUUUGAUGAUGAUGGUGAUGAGGCAGAUUCCCCAUUUACAAAUCCCUCAUACAUCUUCUCCUCUAUUGCUUCUCAUAAAACAGAUGAAAAUCAUCCCAUAAAACAGCCUGAUGCAGCCAAAUCAUCUCAAGUGAUCUCCACAGCCACAGGUGGAAGAGAUGAGAGUUUUAUUGCUGCAAAGAAGCCUCUGCAAACAGGAGGCCUAUUUGAUGACUCUGAUAAUGAAGAUGACCUAUUCACUCAUCCAUUUCCCAAGCCAUCAAUUCCUGGAAUUCAGAGUUUACAGACAAAGGGGGAUAAGCCUUCUGAAAAGUCUUCACAUGAGCAAGGACAGACAGACAGGCAGAGGUUCUUUGAUGAAUCAAGCAGUGAUGAGGAUAUAUUUACAGAUCUUCCAGCAACAGUUCCGAAGAAAUCAGAACAUGUUCAUGAGAAAAAGGUUCCUGUUGGUGGUGUUUCAAUAUUUGGGACUCAGAUGCCUUCUUUGGUGGCAGCUGUGAGAGCUGAGAAAGAACGCUCCAUGUCUGGAAGCACACUCCCAUCAAGUGCCACAGAUCAACUUGCACCUGUUCUUCCACAGUUUUCUGAAGGUUUUCAUCAGGGUGGUGCUUCUAUUGAAGAACCUAAUCAUCCUGUCCUGAAAAGAUCUGUUCCAAGCAUCUUUGAUAAUGGUGAUGAUGAAAUAGAAAGUAAAGAUUCCCUUCCUGGGCAAGAGGCUCAUGAUUCUGGGAAGACAAGAGUCACCAAGAUUACUGAGAAGACUCGAGUAUCAGAACCAGCUACAGCAGUGAGGAAGGAAGCAGCUGUGGAGGGAAAGCCAAGGGCAGUUUCCCAAGGACUCUUUUCAGACAGUGACGAGGACGAUUCCCUAUUCAUUGGCAAUAUGGCAAACCCUGUGAAUCCAGUAAAAGUGCCUUCUCCACUAUUACCUGAAAGGAGCAAUGAGCGUAAUUCCAAAGUUCAUGAAAAAUCUGGAAAGCAUGAGGAAGUAGUGCCUUCUCUGUUUGAUGAACGUGGAGAUGAGUUUUUUCAAGGAAACAAAAGAAAAACUGGUGAAGCUUCCAUGAAGCCUCCAUCAGUAGUACCCAAGCCCUCACUUACCACAGCCCUUGAAGGAAAGCAAGCAAGGAAGUUGAAGGGUCUCUUUUCUGAUAAUGAUUCGCUGUCUGACGCUGAAGUAAACACAAAUUCAACUAAAAAAUCCACACCUACCAUGAGUCAUGGUGCCUCACUAUUCUCAGAUGAAGAGAGUGAAGAUGAUGAUAAUUCAUCUCCUGCACCUAAAAAGGAAUCCAAGCCUGUUAAAACCUUGGAUGUGAGGGACUCAGAAGGCUCAUCUAUCCAGAAGCCAAAGCAAUCUCCCAUCCUUGACAAGAGGACAGGUGCUUCAGUGAGGAAUAUGAAUGAUAAUCCAAAGCGUCUUUCAAGUUCACUGUUCAGUAGCAGUGAGAGCGAUUCUGAACCCAGUACUUUGCCGCUGGUACAAAAUGCAAGCGGGUCUGCCACUAAUGAUACCAACAAAAUGUCUUUUCAUCCACCUAAGUAUCCUCAGAGUUCUCCCAAGGAGCAAGCACCUUCCACCCACAUUAGCAGACGUUCACCUGACAUCAUUCCUCCUACUCCAAAAGUUGGCAAGAAAGAGGAGGUUAAGGCUCUUGUGCCUCAAGCUGUCAUCCCAUCACUUUUCAGCAGUGAUGAAAGUGAAAAUGAAGCUGCACCUAUUCAGAUACCUUCAGUUUCUAAACAAGAACAUGCAUCAGCAGUUACCUCUCUUAUUCCAUCAGCUGAAUCCCCACAGAAGCCAGCUCCAUCUCCAGCAUUUAUCACUGAUCCUCUCUCUGCCUCCUCAGUGCCUGAGAAAGAUGAACAAGAGCAGAAUCCAUUGUUCCUGGAAGGCUCUUUUCCACAUUCCCCUGCUAAACUACCUACUGAAACUUGGAAAGAUCCUUUUUUCACUUCCCCAAUAUUGAAUGGCAGCAAGAGAGAAAACACCUCAUCAGGACCAUUCAAAGAUACAAAGGAAAGUAUUGUUGAUUCUUCUGAGUCUGCAUCCUGUUCUCUGGAGAAACCAAACCUUCAGUCCAAGGUUUCUUCACUUUUUGAUAGUGAUGAUGAUGAAGAAUUUGCCUCUCCUGUCAAUCCCUCUGAAACUUCUCAUGGAGACUUCAAGUCUGACCUGAACAAUUCAUCAAUUGAUGGCAAGUCAAAAGCUGAGUCAAUAAGUGAAGGAAGCAGAAGUAUCAGAUCUGUAGAGGAGUCAGAUGCCAUGACAAUACUCAGUGAGAGUCCUCCCAAACUUCAGCCUUCAGAUAACCAGAAAGAAAAGGAAAGAGUGGAAGAAGUCAAAUUGCCUGCUUCUCCCAUUUUGUUUGAAGUCACAGAUUCAGGGACUCCCAAGGGUGUUAAUGCAAUUGACAGCCCAAGUUCCAUGCCAAAGCUGCCUGUGAGAGAAAAGCCUCCCAUACCAAAGAAGUCUUUGAAAACUAGUCUCUCAAGUGAGCGCCAAGGAUUUGCUUCAAAGUUAGACUCAAUGUUUGGAGGAGAAAGAGUGAAUAAAGGGGCAAAGAAGCCCAUUGGAGGAGUGGCACUGUUUGGAGGGUCUUUAAUACCCAUCCCUGGCAAGCUGCUCACUUCCAAGAGUGUGAGUGAUGCACGCUUUGAAUCCAAGCCCAAGGUACAUGUGAGUGACAGCGAAGAUGAAGACGCUGGAGAGGAAGAAGAGGAAGAAAAGCCAAGACGCAGUGUCCAAGAGCUGGCAAAGUCCUUGUCCAUGUCAAUUAUCCCACAAAGCCAUCUCCCUGGGGCAUCUCCAUCUUUCAGGUCCUGCCUUGAAAGUGGAGUCAGCAUUGAGGAAGCUGCCCAAGUCAACAUACUCCCUUCAAAUAUCAAGGACCGAGUGAAAGUGCCCACUCGUAGGAGACUCCCUACUAGCAAGAAGCGGCGUGAAACAUCCCGCAUCUCUGGUGUGGACUUCCUGAAUGCACCUGAUGCCCCUGAUAUGGCAUUGGACAACUCAGAGGAUGCAGUUCAAGGUGCAGAAGGUGUAAAGUCCUGUGAAGGCUCUGCAGAAAAUCAAAGCAUUGAAGAAGAAAAGCCAGCUGUAAGCCUAAAAGCCAUGAUGAUCCCUCCAGAGCCUCCUCCUCCACCCAUGCAAGAUCUACCAGACAUAAAUAAGGAAGUGCUGAAAUCCAAAAUAACUCUCAAAUCAGAAGUUGCCAACAGGAGAUCCAAAUCUCCAGUAGAACCUGUAUCUGAGCAAUCUCCCAUCAAUCUCAGAACAGGCUCCCCUGAUCUUUUCCCUGAUGACAGAGAAACAGAAGAUCUCUUUUCAAAGCCAUCAAAAACUGCAAGAGGCCUUUUUGCUGAGGCAAGACCAUCUGCUGACAAAGGGGAUGAUGAGGAUAUCUUUGCUGGGCUGAAGAAAGAGCCCACUGAAAGCAAGAAAAACUUGUCACUCUUUGAUGAUCUGGACUCAGAUGAUGACAUAUUUUCUGACUUGAAGGGCAAGAAAGGCACUGACGUACUAUUCAAGAAUGGCCAUGAAGGCAAUUUUGGCACUCCUGUUUUCCAGGUUUCUCUGGCGAGGAUCGUGAUGAAGAUACAGCUGCCAAUCAUUUCUCUCCUCGUUCUUCUUGUGAUCUCCUCCUCUGCCCAAGAGGACAUCAGUGACGAUCCCUACGUCUUUGCAACGAGGACCUUACCGGAGGAUGGAGGAGGUGAAAUCCAGACUAGAUUGAUGCCCACUCUGGGGAACGGAUUCAUCGCGACCACCGUCUUCUCGGACGCCCUUUACAUGGACGAUCUCUUUAAUGGAGUCGGUGGGAGGAGUCAUCGGGCAAAGAUCCCUUCUCGGGUCAACUAUUGGAUGGAUUUUUCGUCGGAACUCCAAAUCAUCGACGACAUAUUCGCACUGCACGUGGAUACAGGCGUCUUCGAAAGAAACGUGACUCUGAGCAACGAAGUCCUCGUGCAGCAGGUGAUCUUCGCUAGUGCAGAAUCCCAGCAUAUCAUGGCCAUGCAGAUUUACUUCCACGCGCCACAGAAUUCGAGCAUGGAGUUGAAACUGACGGCCAGAGGCGACUUCACCACGGACGACCUGGAAUUAUCCGAUCCCCUCCAACAAGACGGAUACGUAUUCUACUGCGGUCAGACCAAAGAGGUCGAAGACGAGGGUUUCCAGCCGUUCCCGCAACAAGUGUGCGUUCUUUGGCAAGAGCCUCCAGAGGACUUCUUUUCCGUCGAUGUUCCAGGCAGCGUUUCCUUCUAUUCGGCCCAUGCCAGAGAAUUCCAAGAAGCUCAGCAGGCCAUGGAUGCCGUGAGGAAUCGAGACGAUGAGGUCGUCCUGGAGGAACACGCGGAGAUAUGGCGAGGUCUCAUUGUCGAACAUGGCAUCGAAAUCCAAGGGAACCUGGAACUGGCACGUCUUUUAUCUCCAUCUUCGCUUGCGAAAGUGAUCAACGGAGCCAGAUAUUACAUCCAGUGUUCGUUGGGCACGAAGAGCGAGAUGGUGACAACGGGUGGCCUCAGCCCGGGAGGCCUAUCGUACGGUGCCCUUGCCCUCGAUUAUCAAGGGCACAGCUUCUGGGACACGGAGACGUGGAUGUACCCCAGCUAUCUCCUCUUUCAUCCGGAUCUGGCGAAGAAGAGCGUGAAAUACCGGGCCGUGCGAGUGACUGCAGCCGAGGAGAAUGCUGCUGCACACGGCGAUCAAGGCUGUCGCUUCCCCUGGGAGAGUGCCUACACAGGGGUUGAAGUAACUCCGGAUUGCUGCCCGGAAGUCGCAGAGUAUCAAAUCCACAUCAACGGAGACAUUUCCUUCGCCACCCGACAAUUCGUAGCCGCCCACAUCCAGAAUGCCGACUUAGAAGCGUGGAGCGACUGGCUGGAAAGCAUCGCGCGAUUCUGGAUCGGGCGAACCGAAUUCAACGAAACGACCGGCUUUUAUGAUAUCAAUCACGUCAUGCCACCUGAUGAGGACCAUCCGGACGUCAAUAAUUCCGCAUAUACCAACGUCGUCGCCGCCUAUUCCAUAUUCUUCAUCGAGCAUUUGUACUGUCUGAUGGACAAGGUGCUCGGCCCGGAAUGGGAAGAUUUCAUGGCUAUCGCUCGACGACUGAAGUUGCCGUAUGAUCCCGAAAUGGACUAUCAUCCCGAAUACGACGGAUACCCCUUAGGUGAAGAGAUCAAGCAGGCAGAUGUAAUUCUCAUGGGCUACCCGCUCAUGUACCCGAUGAGUGCAUCGACAAGGCGGAACGAUCUAGAGCUUUACGAGGAUGCAGUGAGGGACGACGGACCUGCCAUGACCUGGUCCAUGCAUUCCAUCGGAUGGCUGGAUGUCGGGGAACUGGAUCGGGCCAAUGGGAUGCUGGAGGAAAGCUUUCUACCUUACUACCGAGAACCCUUCAAGGUGUGGACGGAAAUGCGAGUCGGGAUCGGAGCCAUGAACUUCAUCACGGGCAUGGGAGGAUUCCUUCAGGGGAUUCUCUUCGGCUUCGGGGGACUUCGUCUCACCCUGGCCGACCUCUCCGUUCAACGCUCCGCCCUUCCUCUUGAUGCCACUUCCAUGGCCUUCCGAGGUAGGACCCAUUCCAGAUAUGCGGUCGCUUUGGCUAUUCUUCUCUACUAG